CACUGCCACCAACGUCAAAAAUGUCAUUGAAUUGCCAAUAAGCGUUUUCGACAGCCAAACAAAAUAAAUUGGAUUGGAUUGGUGAUUUUUAAUUUGCAUUUCGAAUUUUUGAUGAAUAAAAUAAAAAAUAUUAUUCCCAUUUGAUACUAAAACUGCUACACACAGAAUAUUGUUAAUUUAUUACGAGAUUAGCUCUUGGCGCCUACACCACAUUUGCAUUGUAUCAAAGAAUAUUAUUACUAGUAAAAACUACUAAUGUAAGAAACACAUUACUUCACAAAGCUAUAUUUGUAAGAAAUAAAAAAAAAAAGAAGUCGGCUAAACAUGACUGAGAAGUCUACACCCCUCCUGGCUGUUUUACAGCUGCUUCGAAAGUAUAAUUUGAAGGGUACUGAGGAAAUAUUGAGGAAAGAAGCAAGUCUAGGAGAUGUGGAAUAUGAAGGUUUAGAUCUACCUGAAGUUGAAAUAGCAAGCAUACUCACUGCUCACCAUACUGAGAGUGACCCUUACAGUUAUGAAUUUGCAUAUGAUAACUUGAAAAAAUUUGUUGAGAAUUCAUUGGAUGUAUACAAGUAUGAAUUAUCAAUGCUCCUUUAUCCAAUAUUUGUCCACAUGUAUUUAGUGUUAAUUUUGUAUGACCACACGGAACAUGCUGCUAAUUUUUUGGAAAAGUUUGGCCCUGAGCAGGAAGAUUACUAUCAAGAGGAUCUAAAGAGACUUUCCUUUGUCACCAGUAAGGAACAAAUAAAAGGCAAUGAAUUGGCUGAAAUAUACAGUUCCAAUAAAUUUGUGGUGCAACUGUCUAGAGAUGCAUCUUCACAGCUUAAGCGUUAUUUACACGAGCAAAAGAGUUCCACAGUGAUCAUAAAUAUUAUUAAUAACCAUAUUCAAAUUGAGGUUCAUGAUGGUCCAGGUAGGACACAAAGUCAGGUCCGGGCCACAGCUGGUGGUAUCCUCGGUGAAGCAACUAGAAACGAAAACCGCACAAAAGUUUAUUAUGGCCUACUGAAAGAACCUGAUAUUCAAGUACUGCCUGCACCAGUAGAAGACGAAGAGGAGGUCGAAGAAACACCUGACAAACCUAAAAAGAAAAAAGCAAAAAAAGAUAAUAUCUUUAUGAAAAAGCCUAAAUCUGACCCUAACGCUCCUCCGAAUGAUAGAAUUCCUUUACCUGAAUUAAAAGAGGCUGAUAAAUUUGAAAAAGGGAAAGCUCUAAGAGAAGCUUCAAAGCGUGUGCCACUAGGACCCGAAAGCCUGCCAUCUAUUUGUUUUUACACAUUGCUAAAUAGUAGCAAUAAUGCAAUAUGUACUGAUAUUUGUGAUGACUCCACUUUAUUGGCAGUUGGUCUCGGUAACUCUACUAUAAAGGUUUGGACUUUGACAACAGUAAAAUUACGUGGAAUGAAAUCUGUGGAUAAAUUGCAAGACAUUGACAGAGAAGCAGGUGAUGUCCUUGUCAGAAUGAUGGAAGAAAAAGACCGAGAUACUUGCCGUACUCUUUUUGGUCAUUCUGGUCCUGUGUACAAGGUCGCAUUUGAUCCGUUCAAAACGUUGCUUUUGUCAUGCUCCGAAGAUGCCACAGUAAGGCUAUGGUCUCUGCAGUGCUGGACGUGCCUGGUGGUGUACCGCGGGCACGUAUGGCCGGUGUGGGACGUGCGCUGGUCCCCGCACGGGCACUACUUCGCGUCCGCGGGACACGACCGGACAGCUCGAUUGUGGGCUACAGACCACCACCAACCACUCAGAAUCUUUGCUGGACACCUCUCGGAUGUUGACUGCGUACAAUUUCAUCCAAAUUCUAAUUAUAUCGCAACAGGAUCCAGUGAUAGAACAAUAAGAGUAUGGGAUUGUUUGACGGGAAGUCAACUACGCAUAAUGACGGGACACAAGUCCGCAAUUUUUACUCUCGCAUUUUCCGUCUGCGGAAGAUGGCUUGCGUCAGGCGGAAGCGGUGGUGAAGUAAUGGUGUGGGAUAUCUCUAAUGGGAUGCCGGCCACCCUUCUUCCCCCGUCGCAUACGGCACCAAUUCAUGCUCUGGCAUUUAGUCGGGACGGCACAAUUUUAGCUUCUGGUUCUUUGGACUACAAUAUAAAAUUAUGGGACUUCACCGCUAUAACUGAAGAAGCUACUCUUGAAGAAGCCGGUAUAGUAAAUAGUACACAAAAAGAAGAUAAAUUUUUGUUGCGAUCGUUUCCUACAAAAAAUUCACCCAUAAAAGGAUUGCACUUUACAAGGCGUAAUUUAUUACUUGCCGUGGGGACAUAUGAAGGAAAUCCAUAAAAAUACUUUUUAAGUAACUGAAAUAAAACAAAUGUUAAGCAUUACUGAAUAAUUUUAUAGAAUAAAUGUUUUAGAAAUAAU